AUGGAGAACGCUUACCACAAACCAGACGAGAGGACGCUUCAAGCUUUGCAAGACAUAGCGACUAAACUACGGAUUCACAGCAUAGAAUCUACGAAUGCAGCUGGUUCAGGGUAUGUAUUUAAUUAAAACAUGGGUGUAGUGGAGUUUCGACUUAACGACCCUCAAAGUAUCUAUACUAUUAACGAAGUUUUCGGUAUAACGAACGGUAGCAUUCUUCGCGACAGUAAAAGUCAAAUAUAUAAAGAAAGCCCCUCGAUAAUUAUAAAACGAAACCUCGUCAUAGUAAACGUAUUUUGCCACUCCCUUGGCCCUUCGUUAUUCCGAGCUUCUACUGUAGAACAUUCGCCUAAUCAAAUUCAACAUCUCGAGCGUGCUUCAUGAUCAUACUGAGCACGUGGUGUUGCUAUGGCGCGUGAACAUCAUUUCUGGCAAUGUUUUCGCUCAAAAAUAUAUUUUUUUUGUGCGUGAAUAGCUUUCCAUGUCAAUAUGGAUUCUAAAAUCUUUUUUAAUAUUAUCUAACCUUAAGCGACUUCUGUCAACGUUCGCUAUGGGAAUUUCGACUAUGGAGCGACUUCGUUUCAACCGCAUUUACGACGACCAUUGUACCGUGAAAAUUAAUAUUGAGUCUGCUAUUAAAUUAAGUUCGAUGUCUGAAUCAACCGUCGAACUUGUGUCAUUGACAUGGGCACGCAACGACGAUUUCCGUUUAAAUGUAUUGAAAACACUUUUUAGGCUGCCCAGGGUAUUUUUAGAUCUUAACAAAUGUAUUCUGAGCGGCGCUCUUAAGUGUCUGUUCGAUCAUCUUCUAAGGGCAACUUGAGUCUCUACAAACUACAAGUGCUUCAGUCUUACUUUCCCGAAAAUUUUAGAUGCAAUUUAAGAGCGGAUGUCAGUAAAUAUCGACCAGAGGUCUGCAAAAGCGAAAAAUCGAAAAUUCUCAGAAAAAUUCACAAAGUAGCACUAGGAAAGUUGUUAACAUGUAAAAUUUCUACUUCGAUCCGAUAUUUAUCUUAGAACCAAGAACGAGAUGUCCAAAGACUACUGCAAAGCUGAUUUAAAACAACGUGUAUUGUUUUUUUAUAACAAUAUUUCGGCUGGCCAUAGCAGCCUUCUUCAGGUUUACAGAUGUUACUGAACGUAUGUAGCAAUCACAAUAUUAUAUAGAAGGAGAAUGUCUCACUAAAACGGAGAGGCGGAAAUAACGUACAACAUAAGAAAAACUGGAAUCAAUUGUGGAAUCGCACGCAGUUGCGACACGUAGUAUUGGUUUCGCGGCGGACCGGAUUUUACAGGCCCGAGACGGUGUGUCACGAAAAAAUCGUUUUAAAAAUCAAGUCAAUUGUAAUUCGAACGGCAAAUAACUUAUUCGGAAAAGUACAUAAUUAUACACAUUUUAAGGGGGAUUUAAUCAGUUUCAACGAAAGUGCAAUAUUUUGGAGAUUUUUCAUUAUUUUCAAUAUUUUGAACGUUUCCGUUGGAUGAAAAAAUGGCAAAUUUCAAAGCCUAAAAUCGUAGACUGGUACCUCGAUUUCAGUGAAGAGUCUUAUACCACGUUAAAGAGCGUUAUCUCUUCUUUCAAAAUCUGUUUUCAAAACCAUGGGCUACUUAAAAGGAAAUUUUUGAGGACAAAAACGUUUCUGAAAUUUGAGCUUUCCUCGCUCAGCGGGGCGAUGCUAAAAACUCGGAAAACACUAUAAGAGAUCAGUUUGAGCAACAGUGGUUCGAUGUUAUCAGUUUUCAUAAACCAAGACGUGUUUAUCCAGCGAUCUGAUAUAAUUUAAAACCGUUUGCUAACAUUUAAGCUCUCAACUCCUGCCAAGUGCACGUUGUCAAAGGGCAAAGCACUAAUUAAAAAAGUCUUAAAAUUUAAAACGUUUUACGUCCAGGAAGUCAUAUUUUAGCGUACAAAAUAAUGUUGUGAGUGUUUGUUGUUCUAACCCCAGAUCAACAACAGCAAAAAUCCAAACGGCAAAGAAUGCGUCACAUUUCACAGAACGACCGCUUAUCACUGUUGUCACUCUUUGCGUGCUUUCUCUGGAAGCUCGAGAAGUUUUCAUUCCUUUGGUAUGAUUCUUGAUCAGCGCUUCCUUGAAAGUACGAACCCGGACAGAAUCAGAUAGGAUGAGGACGUUUCUCAAGACUCCUGUUGUUUUUUCCAGUUUUAGUCUCCUUAGCCUUGAGCGCUCCUCUCUUGAGGUUUUCGGUGGAGUUCAGGAUGUGAUCCACCUAGUAUUUCACGUCUCUAUUAAAUAAGAGGCAGCACUUCUUGCGUACAGCUGAAAUCUGGAAAGUGUAUAUUUUUUAUUCGCAGAAAGCAUUAUUAUCAUAAAAUCGGGAUGACUGAUAAAUCUUUCGCAUUAUAUUAGUGUCUUUACCCGUCUAGACAUGUCUUGCCCUUUGCUUGAAGACCUUGAAACCUCAUUGAUGGCGUCGCUGUUUUAAUUUUUUUCCCGUAAACAUUGCAUCUUACCGAUAACACGUUUCAAGAGAGAAAAGUUAAACAACUAAUAUUUGCAUUUUCCUUUGUAUUUAUUUAUUAACUGAAAAUCCCGGGGGGGUACUUUAGGAAUUUCUGGGUGGGGAUGUGCCGCUGGGAUCCUGGAACCCUUAACCUACACCAGAGCUAGUUAAGCUGAAUUUUGCUACCCUAUAGUAGAGUAAACUCCCCAAAUCCCCCCUAUCCUAGAGUAGCUGUUUUCCAGAAACUACUGAAGUCACUAGCACAGUAGUCGAGCCAAAACAAAACCUUAUACCACAAUCCCUAGUCUAGAUAAAAUCUUCAACCAACUGAUCAGUUUCCUGAAAAAUGAUACCCUAUUCUAGACCCAAACGCUCUGAUUUAUAUACCCUAUCCUAGAGUAAACUGCUUGAAAACCAUACCCUUCACAGCGGCACAUACCUAUAUAGCCCAUAUAUGCCUGUACUCCCGCCGGGCUGAAAAUAUCCUGUGGAAAACACAGGAUAUAGCAUUUCUGACGUCCAACCUUUGUCCGUGCAUGUGUACACCUUCAAAACCUCACGCUACGCCCCUGGUUAGAAGCUGCUAUACAAAGAAGUUUGCGUCAUAUAUUCCGGCUGGUAAAGGAUUAAUUUUUGAGUGAAAUUGUCAGUAAACAACAACACUGGCAUGCUGAGAUUUAUCACAGAGGCAACAGUAAGUUAAACGUUUGAUGAGAGUCUUACUUCUACCUACGAUAACUCUUAUUUGCUGCAAUAAAGGAAAACACAAUGUUAUUUUUGAACUACACAGCGAAAAAAAAAAUUGUGAAAAUCAGAAAAAGAUUGAGAGACAGUUAGUUAUGAGCAGGACUUCAUUGACGAUAAAACAAGUUGAAAAAGGGCCGGAGAAUACAGGGAACGCUCCGGCUUAGCUACACUGAACAAUCCAAAUUUUUUGCAGGACUUAACAAGAUUUUUUCAAAAAGGACGCGUCAUAGCUAAGUCGGGUCUUACUUCAAAUGAAACGUGUUAUUUGUACGGGAGGUUAAGAUACGUGCAGGCUUGUCUAAAACAGUGACACUUUGAAACGUGGUAGGUGUCCCUCUUCGGGUCCACCCUACAUAUCGGGAAAUCCCUCAGGUUAGGCAAGGAUUCGAGAACUAUGAAUCCUGUUUCACCCAUUUAUUCACUGCGUGAAUUUUUUUUUUUUUUUAGCUUAUUUCGAGGAAAUACUUGUUGCUUAAUAUCCAGGGUAAGCUUUAAAACAUUUUUUGAGCCAAAUGGUUUUUGCGUGAAUCUGCUUACCCGAACUUUUCCUCGAAAAACGACAAAUACCCGACAAAUGCUCGAGUUGUUGUUAGUGUCAGCAUGUUUCCGAUAAAUUCAGGUAAAUGUCUUGUGAAGAAGAGUUCAGAACUUGAUCAUAAAGUAUCAGUGCCGCGCGCCAUGCCAGUCGUAAGUGUUGCCUCGAAAUACGAGCCCAAGAACCGGUGGUAAGUGGUCAAUCCGUGAGAAGUAACGCAAUCUCCGUCUACCUUUGAGAGCAGUCAAAGAUUCUCUUUUUUAAUUCCAGUAUCUAGGAAACCCAUGCUAAGGUAUGAAACAUACACUCAUAAGCAUUGUUCUGUUCGGUAAAAUCCAAUUCCUGGACGCAAAAAGGUUGUAAUUUUUAGAGUUUAUCUGGUUUAUUAUAGUGCUUUGCUCUUUGAAAACCUUACGUGACUCGUGCACUUGGCAGCAGUUGAUAGCUUAAAUCUGCCUUUCAUGUUAGCAAACGGUUUUUUUAAUUAUAUCAGAUCGCUGGAUAAACUGUUAAACACGUAUUGGUUUCUGAAAGCUGACAACAUUAAACCACUGUUGCUCAAACUGAUUUCUUAUAGUAUUUUUCCGAGUUUUUAGCAUCGCCCCGCUGAGGGAGGAAAGCUCAAAUUUCAGAAAAGUACUACUUGUAUUUUUUGGCCUCAAAAAUUUUCUUUUAAGUUGCCCAUAGUUUUGAAAACAGAUUUUGAAAGAAGAGAUAACGCUUUUUAACGUGGUGUAAGACUCUUUACUGAAAUCGAGGUACCAGUCGACGAUUUUGGGCUUUGAAAAUUGCCAUUUUUUCAUCGAACGGAAACGUUCAAAAUAUUGAAAAUAAUGAAAAAAUCACCCCUUAAAAUGUGUCUAAUUAUGUACUUUUCUGAAUAAGUUAUUUGCUGUUCGCAUUACAGUUGACUUGAUUUUUAAAACGAUUUUUUCGCGACACACCGUCUCGGACCUGUAAAACCCGGUCCGAGAGCCGCGAAACCGAUACCCCCCCCCCCCCCGUAUGUCUGAAAUAAAUAUCGGAUCGAAGUAAAAAUUAUAUUUAUGUUAACAGCUUACCUAGUGCUACUUUGUGAAUUUUUUUGAGAAUUGGCAAUUUUUCACUUUUGCAGACCUCUGGUCGAUAUUUACUGACAUCCACUCUUAAAGUUUUAGGAAAGUAAAUUUUUUUUUUCCGCUCUUCAUCGCAUUUUGGAAUCAGUCAUUAGGGCCAUUUAAACGAGGAAAAAUAAGACGCGUCUUACAUAAGAUCCAAACUGUACCAUUCAUACGAGCAUGUCUUAUCUAAGACAAGAACAGCUCGUAUAAAUGGUUCGCAUCUUAUUUCUGUUCUUGACUCGUUUUCAUGUGAACGUUGCCCGUAGCAACGGCAAUCCAAUCCAACGUGGCGCUUCGACGCGAAGGUCAUUUAUACGAAGUUUUUGUCGUCUUAGCUAAGACGCGUCUUAUCUAAGAACAGGUGUUAAGGGCUGUUCUAAAAUAAGACGCGUCUUAGCUAAGCCGUGUCUUAUUUUAGACGAAAUGUGCCGUUUAUACGGAAAGUUUGCGUUUUGUUUAAGACGCGUCUUAUUUUUCCUCGUAUAAAUGGCCCUAUUGUAAAACGCAGACUGCGGAUUAUCGUUUUCACCUUCCAAAUGAGAACUUGACAACAAUAGUCCCAUUGUUUUCUAACCCUAAAAACAAUAGUCCGCAGUCAGUCCAUGGUCUUCAUUUUUCACUGCCCCUUUUGGAAUCCGAAUAUUUUACGUUUCCUUUUUCUACGAAAAAUGGUUUAUAUAACUCGGGGAGUGAAAAGCAAAAAAUAAAACUUCAGAAAACCCCAGGGAAUUUAUUGGAUAAGCUUCGAAAAUUGUACAUCAUCAUGGAACGGUCAUCUCUAGAAAUUUUUAGCCAUCCUCAUAGAAAAUUCUUGUCAGUAUUUCUUUCUUUGAACAGAUAUCUUAGAGAAAACAGACCAAACUAUAGCUCUUUACACCGAAAUCUCCUUUUGGUUUCGAAGUUUAAGUGCGCGAUCCCUAUAGAAAAUAUGCGGGAAUUUAGAUCAGAUGGUGCUUGGAACGUUUCUUUUUGCGCGCAGUUUAAUUUGCAUACAGGCUUACGAAGUGGCCAGAGUGCCGGACCAAGGAACCACUGGCCAGUCCAGGGACCUUCAAACGAAGCCCUCAUUUUUUAUGAUGCAGGAAUUUCGGCAAAGCUCAGAAGCUGUUGGUUUGUCACAAGUUAGUUAAAUGUUACGGAAACCUACAGGACAAAUUUCAGCUCACUUCUCUUCUACUAAUUGAGAAAUACUGAGCCGCCUACGAUACUACAUCAAGUUGCUGGAGUUGCUCUUGGCUGCCCCUUGAGGACCUCUUACGCUUCUGUCGUGCUCAAAAAACUUCCUGCGUGCUUCAUAUCUGGGCAUAUGAUAUGCACCCUGAAUCAUGAAUCAUUUGUUACAUCUGCUUUAUUAAGUUAAAAUUAUUGCAUUCUAAAGACUUGAGUUCAUUUUGCAGGCAUCCAACUUCGUGUUGCUCUAUUGCGGAAAUCUUGUCAGUUUUAUUUUUUCACACCAUGCGCUAUAAAGGUGAGUUGAAAUCAUAAAUAUUUUUACUGAAUGCAUCACGUGAAAACUUCCAUCGGCGUCAAAAUUCGUUUAUGAGCCAACCGUAUUUCACUGAAUUUUUUGCCGAAUUUAAUGAAUAUAAGUACAAUUUCAAUUUAGGCCCUGUUUACAAGGAGGGAGGGCAAUCCUGGUUCGAGGAUUACUCUAGCAUGCCAGUUAACAUGCUUCGCAUCCAAUACAAAUGUGUGACAACAAUUAAUUUUCGUCGUAGGUGAAAUGAGACGUUUUAUCCGGGCCUGAUUUGCAUAAUCUCCGACUUUUGCUGAAACUAUAAUAUUUCUUGUUCGCGCGUGUCUCCACGUCCUAAUUUUGCGUCCCACUAUUCCAUACUGCACGUUCCCGACUCUCCCGUUUCCACCUGCUCUCGUCCCAAUAGAGUGUUUUCACAUGACGUCACGGCGGCCAUAUUGGUGUCCCAAAACAAUGAAACGGGGGCCAUGUUGGUGUCCCAAACCAGUCCUGUGGGAGUUGAACUCUUUUCUUAUGCAAACGCUUACUUUUGUUCCAAUAAAUUUGCAUAGAUGCUGGCCACGUGAGUGAAAACACUCUAUAUUUCUCGUAGCAGACGUCGGAUUUUUUAAGAGCAAACGGUAAAAUUUCGAGGAUGUGCGCGCGCACCAGGGUAGAAAGAACCGAUACCUCUUUUCCCCUUCACGAUUUCUCCUCACAUGGCUCUCUAUCAAAACUAACCAAAGAAGUUAACCCACGCCUACCACGCAAGCUAGAGUCCCAACCUCCCCGUCUUUAUGUUCCAGUCCUAUUUUUAAACUGGGUCUAUGUGUGUCCGGUAUCUUCUAUUUUUGACCACACCGUACUGCCUUUCCCUGUUGGGGCCUCUAAAGUCUCAGUGAGUACAAAAGGACAGUAGUUUUAAUUCAUUAAUUGAGGUUUUGGGGGAACUUGAUCUGCUGUUGGAUUGCAUUCGGUGUUAAAUUUCAAACAUAAAACAAUUUUAAUCUACAUCAACAAUCGAUUAAUUUGACGGUACACUUUUAAUUCUUCUGUUUAAAGAGUGACUCAUGUUUUCUUAUUCAGGAAAAGCAUAGCCCGUUCCAGGCUCUCAGAUAGUACAGUAGGGAUGACGCAAAAAUAUGAGCACGUGAACUGGGAAAAGGGGCGUGGCGGGAAAAAUGGAAAGGAGCCGCACUUCCUCUCCCCAGUUUCCUCCCGUGUUAUUUUCCUGUUUGCGCUUUCAAAUUUCCGCUGACUCGAUUAUCUCGGAGACUGAAACUGGCUAGCAAGAGCUUGAAUAAUAGUCUCAUUGAUUCGAUUAUUUCCUUCUAGUUUCUGAACCUAGAGAUCUUUCAAGUGACAGAUUCGUUUUAUCAAAGGUUAGUUAAUUUUUCGAAUCUUAAAGAGUUAUAUAAAUUUGUUUGGAGAAGUAUAAUCCUCUAAAGAAUGGAGCGUCAUCACAACUAAACCUUUUUAUACAGAAAUACGAAAUUUUUGGAGACCUCUUACACCUAUAGGUAUGUUGAUUCUACCCCUUUGGACAGAUAGCCGGAGUUUUUUGUAGGGAAGGUGAAGGAGGGAAACCAUAUAAGGCGGAGAAGACUUGAUUUAAAAAUGGAAAGGGGGGGGGGGGGGGGGGCUAUAUGAUAGUACGUGAUGGUAGAAGUGGUGGUGGUAAUAAUGAUGAUGUUGUUGUUGAUGGUGGUGGUGGUGGUGGUGGUAGUAAUGGUUAUGAUGAAUAUGUUGACGAUGAUGUGGUGAUGAUGAUGAUAAUGAUGAUGAUAUUUACGAUGAUGGUGGGUGGUGGUGGUGGUUGUAGUGGUAGUGAUAGUGAUGGCGAUGGUGAUGAUGAAGUUGUUGACAAUGAUGUGGUCAUGAUGAUAAUGCUGAUGUUGAUAAUGAUAAGCAAGAUGAUGAUGUUCAUACUUCCGUUUCAGGGACAUGCCGCCCCGAUUCUGUAUGCUGCAUGGGCAGAAGCUGGAUUGUUUCCCGUCUCAGAACUUGCAAAAUUGCGAUCAAUCGACUCUGAUCUUGAAGGUCACCCCACCCCUGUAAGUACCUUGCCUUUACUUAUUUAUUUGAUUUAGGUUGUGAAACACCCCGGGCUUGGCAACAUUUGCCUAUCUUCUCGAAGGGAUUGAUUCUUUAGACGCGUGUUGAAUCGAUUUCACAGCGAAAUCAGCUCCUCUUUAUCUACCCGCUAAUAGCCUUGUUUAGGUGCCAAUGAUGAGCUGAUCAAGUUUAGCAUUAUCACUCAUGUUGGCGCCUCGUCUCUAAGAUAUGAUAAAUCUCAGUAAGUAGACUGCAGAUAACGGUUUCUUUGCAAGAACGCUCUUAGUUUUCCUCGAAGACCACGCUUCCAUCACGACAAUUGGGUGGCUCACAGUGUAAGGGAUAAACGCUACAGUUCUUGGUCGCGCGUUUCACGUACCAUUCAGCAAGACAACGAUGUGUUCGGCAAUCCUUGGAUAUGCGCAAGCGCAAGUGCACCAGGACGAUCUAUUUUUUUAUUAUAUGGCUACAAUAUUACGCGCGCUCUGAUUGGCUGCUUUCUAGUAAUGAGCGAGCAUUACUAGCUAGGUGUCCAAGGGAUAUACAAUCUGUGUUUAACUUGAUAUUGGACAUCCUUGUAGACAUUCAUGUAAAAAUUGACAGCUGUCAAAAAGAGUAUCCGCUGACCAGUAUCACCUCACUGUAUCGCGGGUUCAAGUGUACAGCUCACCGAGGUGACGUGAUUUGAAAAAGUUAUCCGCUAACAAGUUUUUGGUUUUAAUUGAGCGCAGGCUCAGGUCCAUAAUGAAAAGGCCAAAUGAUAAAUAACUUAUUAACCUCCUCUGUUCGGUCAUCCCAAUCUCUAACCUCGGCCUUGAUGUAAUAAUUCAAGGCCUCCGUCUGAGAUUUCCCUGUAAUUACCUCACUCUCGAUUGAUAAGUCGUAUAUCGUUGUGGUCUUUUAGUUUUCUCAAGGCACUCUCACAGAAAGACCUCUGCCGCAGAUGAUUGACAAAAUUAGAAGAACCGUAAAUGCCCACGAUAAAUUUGGGCGGAACUCUUGUGGACGACAAUAGAAAAUUGUCUCAACAAUUGAAUGGUGGCUCUCUGAUCAUGAAGUGCGUUUUCCACCACAAUAAUUCUCUUUUCUGCAGUUGUCGAACACCUUCUGCACCCGAUCGUAUCUCAUACUUAAGUUCAAUUUUCGAUUUUAUAAGAGUUAUAUUAAUAAGUCAAGUGGGCAGAAGAAAUUGUAGGCGCGGGGUCUACGGGCCUAUAGGCUGGCUACGCCUCUUGUACAGGAUCUAAAGAAUACGUCUUGCGAAGUUAAUUUCCACGCAUUACUACCAGCUUUACAGACUUCAAUGUGUCUAUCAUGUAUGUUUUUUUUGUUUGUUUGUUUGUUUGUACUAUAUUUGUUUGUACUAUAUAUAUAUUUUUUUUCUCUUUCUUAAUUUUUAUUUUGUAUGUAAACGUAAGAAAUGCUUUAAUUAAAAAAUAUUAAAAAAAAAAAAAAAAUGUAUGUUACCCGUUUUGUUGUUUCAUAGAGACUGAGCUUCAUCGACUUCGCCACAGGCUCACUGGGUCAAGGUCUAAGUUGCGCAUGCGGGAUGGCCUACAUUGGAAAGUACUUCGACAAAGCAAGGUGAAACCUGUGAUCUGUAGUCGUACCCUCCCCCCACCUCCACGUUUUCUCCGUGGGGUGGGGAGGUUUUGGCUACAAGUAGGCUAACAUCAGUUUUUUUUGACAAGCCGACUCUCGCAUCAGAAGUAUAAAUAUUAGACCGCAAAACAGUCCGUAUUUUUGCGUAUUCAAGUACCUACGCGCGAGUAGUGAAACAAAAGAUCUGGAACGCGGCUGAAAACAGAGAGCUAGACUGGAGAGAGACGCCAAAAAUACUUUUUCUCUCGCCUCACUUUGCGCGCGUAGGACUCUUACGCCACGCUUUACCGAUUUCUUUUUUGAUUUUGAGGAAAAAAACCGACUGUUUUGCAGUCUAUAUAAAUAUAUAUGGCCAUUAAAUAUAGUUCCCUUUUAACUAAGCUACAUAAAUGUAUUGUAUUUUACAAUAACCAGCUUACAAUCUCUCGCGCACAGAAUGACGUGGUGUGAAAACAUACACAAUGAGACUAUGCAAUUAACCUGAUGAUCGAUGACUCAAAUCGAUUUUCCCAGUCAACUGAACGCGAUUUUCCAAGAAACUUUACUGGAAAUGGACGUUAAAAUAUCAUAUUAAAUAAAUAAACAACAAUUUUCCACGGUCUUCUCUGUGGUAUACUCUUGCAAGAACAUAAGGAUGACGUCAAAAUGUCCAAACUUAGCAGUAAAUCAUGAGUUUUAAAGAUUUUUCCAAAAGUCGUUUCGAAGGGUUAUAGGAGGAUGGGUAAAGGCGCACACGAACCAAAGGCCCAAACACCCGGAGCUUAUCAGUUUUCCUUAGCUUGAAGCAUGCCUAGGAGUAUUGUUACCCUCCCCUCCCCAGGACGGGAUGCUAGCCCAUCGCAGGGUUACCCCUCAGCAGUAUGUCACCGGUACCUGCAUGAUUGCACCUCGCCCAGUUGUUCAAAUGCUACGUAGCGCUCUACACCGGAUAAAUCACUCUCCAGCGGAUAAUGUUAUUGAUUUUCGUAAUACUUAUCCGCUGGAUAGUGAUUUAUCCGGUGGAGAGCGCUGUCCAUAGUUUGAACAACCUGGGCCUGGUUUAAGAGUAAGAAUGUAGAGUAAAGUUUCUUGUCUAAUGAAACGACGCGACGGGCGAGGCUUGAACCCCGGACCUCCAGAUCCGCAGUUCGAGGUGUUAACCGCUCGGCCACACGCGCCUCCACUAUAGGAGCAUAGACUAUGGAAAAUUGAUGCCUACUAGAAAGUAUGUUAUGAGCCACUGCCUUAACCAAAAGACCAAAGCCCUUCAUUAUGAUAAAGCGCUGAGUUUUUCAGGGUUGUUUUUCAGUUACCGCGUGUUCUGUCUCGUUGGUGACGCGGAAUCGUCCGAGGGCUCAAUCUGGGAAGCCAUGAACUUUGCAAGUUAUUACAAGCUUGACAACCUGUGCGCCAUAUUUGAUGUCAAUCGUCUUGGACAGAGUGACCCCACAAUGUUUCAACACGACUUUGAUGCUUACAAGAGAAGGACGGAAGCUUUUGGGUGAGUAACCAUAGAAGUCAAACGGUUAGGCGACACCAGACUAGGGUACCCAACUACAGAUUCAUCCUAAAUACAUGGAAAUUACUUUUAAGGCUAUCCAGAGUACUUUUAGAUCUCAAAGCGUGUUCUUAGCAGCGCUAUAAAAUUUGUGUCUGUUGGGUCAUCCUAACGGAACUUGAUUCUUUUCGAAAUUACAAGAGUUUCACUUUUAUUACUCGAAAAUUUUAGUUACAGUUUGACGUACUUCGGAAGUGAGAAUUUUUCGAAUCCCCCUUUCCACUAUAUUUUUGAAUCCGGAAAUUUUCGGUUUCUUUUUUUCUAUGAAAAAUAGCUCAACUUGGAGAGUAAACUAUGAAAAGUUAAACUUCAGAAAAUCGUAGGGAAUACAUUAAUUUAAGCUUCGAAAAUUGUACCUGAAUGGAACACUCAUCUAGAGGGUUUAGCCGUCCUCAAGUAAUAAGAAAUUCUAGGCAAUAUUUGCUUCUCCGAACAGAUUUGUUACAGAAAUCGGUCGGGUGGGUGCCCUUGAGCAGACUGAAGACGUUUGUGCCAAAAACCCCGUGAUACGUAAUCGUCACGUCAUCAGUGCAGUUCCAAGUCCCCUGUCUCUCUAUGUUGCUAAAUCUGAAGGGGCCAAUCUGGCUGUUUUUUGGAGAAAAUGACGUUGAUUUGGGAAGGAAAUAAUUUAGGGUAGAGAAAGUAUACGAAUCGGAAUAAGCCAGUUAAUCCAAUAAUAGGCUCAGAGGCACCUUGUUGUGGACUAUCUGGUAUUUAUCUACUAGAUUCACUUCAUAUCUUAAUAUUUAACAAUCCCCAAAUUCUCAGCCAUGUAAUAAAACACAGUCUCUACUGCAGUAUUGAGUCCAUGCAGACGAUGUUAUUGGAUGACAAAGUAGAACUAUACUUCUCUAAUUUUUAAAUGAUAUUUUUUCCAGCUGGAACAGCCUUGUGAUCGAUGGUCAUGAUGUUGAAGCUGUGUGCAAAGCAUUUCAUGAGGCCAAAACAACAAAGAAUCGUCCAACAGCUAUUCUAGCUAAGACCUUCAAAGGAAGAGGUGUACCAGGUAUAUAGCGUAGUUUAAGAUCAUUAAGAUGAUACUUUCCAAAAAUAGCUUGAGUUUGAUCGUCCGGGUGAACGUAGUCCUGAAUAGGACGGUUGUUGUUGACAGUGACUGACGUUUCGACAACCUGUGUGGUAGUCAUCUUCAGAGUCAAAGUGAGUUUUAUCACGUCAGUUGAUGUUAUUAUUCUCUGGUUGUUGGUCUGAUUAUUGGUUAAUUACGUCGCGAUGUUAUUGGUCGUCUGUCAGUUAAGCCUUGAUGUUAUUGGAUAUGAAGACUCGUAAUCAGUAAUUCCAUUUGGAAUCAGGGAGAGCACGGAGUGAAAAGGUUGUACCUGUAUUGAUGAUUACGUUUCAGGUUUUUUAUUUUUAUUCCACACACAAAAAUAAUAAAUAGUAAAAUAAAUAGUACUAAAUAAUAAAUAGUACCACGAGAAAGUACUGCUCAGUAGCUUUCAUUUGAAUGGUCACACUUUAGGAUUUCAUUGUAAGACUCAAAAGUUACAACCGACUACCUUGUACAGCAUAAUAAACAGUACCACAGGAAAGUACUGCUCAGUAGCUUUCAUUUGAAUGGUCACAUUUUAGGAUUUCACCUACAGACUCAAAAGUUAGAACCACCUUGUACAGCAUAAUUAACAGUUCCACAGGAAAGUACUGCUCAGUAACUUUCAUUUGAAUUGUUACACAGUAACUCUUAAGGAUUUCAUCCAGAGACUCAAAAGUUAGAACCACUUUGUACAGCAUAAUAAACAGUACCACGGGAAAGUACUGCUCAGUAGCUUUCAUUUGAAUGAUUACACUUUAGGAUUUCAUUGUAAGACUCAAAAGUUACAACCGACCACCUUGUGCAGCAUAAUAAACAGUACCACAGGAAAGUACUGCUCAGUAGCUUUCAUUUGAAUGGUCACAUUUUAGGAUUUCACCUACAGACUCAAAAGUUAGAACCACCUUGUACAGCAUAAUUAACAGUUCCACAGGAAAGUACUGCUCAGUAGCUCUCAUUUAAACGAACGCUGUAAGGUUCAUUCCGCAAACUCACGAGAACAGCCUUGUGCAGCAAAAAAAAUAGGAAAGUAUUGUUCGACAGCUCUCGUUUGGUUUACUUAGCAUCUCAGAGCAGUUAUCACAAAACUAGUACAAUUUUUGUGUAUCCAUGAAGAAAACAUAUCCUUUGGCUUUUUCAAAAAUCCUGUUCCUUUUUCAUAUAUUCUAGGAGUUGAAAAUCUGGAUAACUUUCAUGGGAAGGCUCUUGGUGACAAAGGCCGGGCAGCUGUGGAGAUAUUGAAGAAGACGAUCACGUCUAAUGGACCCAAUGGCCUGGGACCUCAACCCGUUGUUGAUGAUAACGUGACCGCCAUUGAUCUCUCUGAUGUCAAACUUUCUUCGCCACCUAGUUACACUAUUGGCGAAAAGGUAUGGAGGCUUAAAUGGACCGUUUAUUGCCGCAUGCAGUCAGCUUUGAACGAUCAUCUGUCAAACAAUCAAGCUAAAUACGCUUGAGUUAUAACACCUUUGAUCGUUGUCGCCCACACUCUGUAACCUUUGGUUAUUAUGAGUUCUAGUUUGUAGACAAUUUACUUCUCAUUUAUUAGGUAGCUUAAGUCACAAGGACAACGAUGGCAAGGAGAACGGCCAAAUAGCAAUUUGCACGUGCAUCACGUCUUUUUGUACAUUUCUUUGCCGUCGUUGCUCGACCACGACGUGAAAAUGCUUAAUUUCACGUUUUGUUGAGGACGUGAACAGAAGAAAACGAUUUUCUAAUUAAAUAGAGUCCCUUAGAAUUCGACUCCAGAAAAAAUCACCAACAUUUGACACAUUGAAAGAAAAACUGAAUAACAGCGAUGAAUUUUGAAACAGCGCGAAUUCACUUUUAAAGAGACGUCGAGUCGUCGUUGCUUAAGCUUCCUGUUUUCUCUUUUUAGGUUGCUGUUCGUCAGGCGUAUGCCAAAGCUCUCAUCAAGCUCGGUAACACGUGCGACCGCGUGAUAGCUCUAGACGGAGACAUGAAGAACUCCACCUUCUCUCUGGAAUACAGAAAAGCAUUCCCUGAACGGCAUAUUGAGUGCUUUGUGGCCGAGCAGAAUAUGGUGGGCGUGGCCUUGGGAUGCGCCGCGCGAGGACGUGCCAUCACUUUCUCCAGUACAUUUGCUGCAUUCUUUACCCGCACUUUCGACCAACUGCGCAUGGCAGCUGUGUCCCAGUCCUCUGCAAACUUCUGUGGCUCUCACCCGGGUGUCUCUAUUGGUAAGUUGUUGCUGAUUCCGUGAAACUCUUCCCUGCCUGCUUCAAUAGAGAGCCUAGAUUCUAAGACCAGGACGACAACGAGAACGAGAUUUUCGCAAUACUAAGUAGUGUGCGCGCGCGAACCAACGUCAUUUUGGCGGGAAAAUGUGGCAGCCGUCGCCAUUCUACGUGUGUUAACAAAAAUGUUGUAGUGGUGAAAACAAGUUAUCAAAUGUUAAGAAUUUUAUCAUUAAGCGAUCGGGAGAGGGCUUCACCUCCUUCAACGGAAAUAAGCGUACUAACUUUUGUGGUGAAAAAAAAGUACAAUGGAGCUUUCAGGGGUGUCUUUUUUCAGAGAAUAGCAAGAAAACUUAAAAUAAAAUGUCGUUAUCGUAGUCGUCCUUGUAUGUAAAUCCCUCUGUUAUGUCUUUUUGUUGUACCAUAAUGUGUCCUGUGUUCGCCUGCGCCAAGAGGUCUCUUAUUUCCUUUUCUUGAGGAAACAUCUGUCCGCAGGUCAUUGGCCGCUAGUCUCCUAAGUUGCCGAUCACUGUGUAGAGCAAUUGAUGCUUCAGGAGCGUUGCCGAAGUGUUAGCGUCUACAUAAAGGAGACAAAUGAACAACUGCAAAGGAUCCCAAACGAACAUGCGACAUGCAGAACCUAGGAUCUAUAGAAGACCCGAUCAGCGAAAAAUAUACCAAAAAACACUGAAACGAUCUGCAAAGCUGAUCGUACUACGCAAAAAUCAACUUUGCAAAACAAACACGACACCGAUAGAACCCAAACAUAGCGGUGCUGAAGCCGUUGACAGUAUGGCUCUUAGGAGACUAGCCAUUAGCCAUUACAGGGCUCCAUUUAGACUAGCUGCUCCUGGAUAAAUAUUGAUUUAAAUAAAUAUAAUAGCUGGUUCCAGGUGGGAAAGCCGUGGAGGCCAUUCCUGUAUUUAUAAUCGAAAGUAGUUCUAGAAUGAAACAAAAAUUAGUGAACGAACGCGUAAACCCCUGCACGAAAUAAGGCGGUAAUAUAAGGAGUAAAUUCAACACAACGGCUUUUCGUAGUAAAAUAAAUUUCAAGAAAACUGAGAAGUUACUUCUGACACGGAUGAUAUGUCAGAAUUGUAGUUUACAAUGUUAAUUCGCAACUACGCUCCUUCUAAGACGCGCACACCAUAAGCUCUGUUCCGUAUGGCAAAAUUUUAAUUUUUGCUUAUUCAGAUGAAAUCAGUAAGACUUGCGUAUGAAAUGAAAAUCGAAGUAACUUCUUUUUGUUCUGUAGCGUUCGCAUUAGCUUUUCUCUCUUUUUUCUAUGUAUUUUUCUAGGUGUGGACGGGCCUUCCCAGAUGGCUUUAGAAGACAUCGCUAUGUUCCGUUCCAUUCCGAACUGUGUGGUGUUUUAUCCAAGUGAUGCUGUCUCGGGUGAACGCGCAGUUGAACUCGCGGCUAACUACAAGUACAUGACCUUUAUCCGAUCCACUCGAGGUCCGACUCCUGUCAUCUACAAUAAUGACGAAGUAUUUGAAAUUGGAAAAGCUAAGGUAACUUAAAAUUAGGAAUAGUGUUAUCUGCGUAUAUUUUGUGGUUCGAUUUUAGGCUCAUCCUUGGUGCCAGAACCUAUAAGCUUCUCGAGUUAGAAAGACAAAGGAAGCAAUAGAUGUGCCGCCAAAUUUGGCCAAUUUUAGACAGUGAGAACUGGCCACCAAACUUAGCGUAGCCGUACACAGUGGGGGCAGGGAUCAAUUAAGGUUUUUGGGUAACUGACCACCUACCCCUCCCCAAAAUCAACAUUAACACUUACUUCUCACUUAGGGCAAAAUUGUGAUUUAAGGGAUGGGUAGGUAGUCAGUAACCGAGAAACCUCAAAUGAUCCGGGGGCACAUGCGCGCAGUAACAAGAGCAAAAAAAUUCUCCUCUCGCGUGUCUCGCACCUUGCAGUUGGCAUUUCGCCGGCACUCUCUUCCCUUACCCCUGUAAGCUUGCGAAGGAGACUUGUCAGAAAAUUAUCAGCCUGAUGGUUUUCCAAAAUUCUUCUGUUUUGUCCGUUUGAAAUUUAUUUUUGUCACGAAGCUGUCCUUUUUUCAUUUACUACGCAAACGUCCAAAGCUAUAGAGGGUGAGAGGGCGGAAAAAGUGAAACGCAAAGGAGUGUGAUUGGGAAAAGAGGAGAAGAGUUCCUACCCCUCCCUCUCUUUUUUCUGUUAGGUUAUUCUCCCCUUCCCACUCCCCCUACAAAACAAAAUGGACUGGACUGCAGUGGGAAAGCGGUCCCUCUAGAUCUAAACUCAAUCUGUUCGAGUUCCAUAAGCUGACAAGUCAGAAAAAUCUCAGAUAGAAUGAUAUCUUAUAUACGCAAGCCUCGUAACUUUUUAGUUAGUUACCAGUGCCCCGUUCCUGAAAGGCCGAUUACUGUAGCGCUAAUCCAGGAUUAAAAUUUUGUUCUGUUUUGUAUUUUACCUUCCUAUGCAUUGCUUAGAGUAACAUUUUGUGUUAUCAUGACUUUAUCUCAGAGUAAAGGCACAACGGUAUUUUGUAAGCUGGAGUUGCAUGUUCUUAGACAAGAAAACCUUGCUCAAAUUGGCGUAAUCCCGCGUUAAACUUAACCGUCAUUCAAGGAACCGGGCCCUUUUUUUUAUGUACAAUUUUUUUUCUUUGUAGGUCGUUCGCGAGACUGCCAAAGAUUCAGUGCUUGUUGUUGGAGCGGGAGCCACAUUGGACGAAGCCUUGAAAGCUGCUGACGAGCUUGCUAAAGAAAAUAUUAACAUCCGUAUCUUGGAUCCUUUCACUAUAAAGCCAAUCGACAAGGAAGCCAUUGUUCAGAAUGCCAAGGCUGUGGGUGGCAAAAUACUGACCGUGGAGGACCAUUAUCUUGAAGGUACUUACUAUACAUCCUAGUUAGACAUAAUUUCUUUCAGUCCCAGCUAAACGGCCAAACUUUUUUGUCCAACAUUGUUUCGGAAGCCGGAGCAUGUUUCGCCGUUUAGCGACUUAAGCUGCGUCUCUCAUUAAUGGCUUUCGAUGUUGGAUCUAGAUGAGACUUUUUCAUCCAACAUUUUGCCACUCCACGUUGUUCAUGACAAAUAGAAUGUUGGAUGAAAACAGUUGAUCGCUUAGCCGGGGCCUCACAGUGACUUAAAAUUACUUUAAAAGUCAAUUCAGAACUCAACGCAAAUUUGUGCGCUUCGAUUUUGCUCUGCUUCACCACGUGAUUUGCUGACCAAUCGGAAGUUCAAUCUGACUCAUUCUCGUCCCCAGAGCCCGUCGUUUCUUGGUCACGUGGUCGGUUACAGAUUAAGCCGAGUGGCUCUGGGGACGAGAAUGAAUCUGACUCGGUCACACGAUAGUCAUAUGCGUUUUCCCGCGCAUCUUGUCGGAUUCAGGCAUUUUAUUCUUGUUUUGAUUUUUGUAUCGUGUUGACUAGCCAAGUUGUCGCCCCGGCUCUGAUUUAAAGCUGAAACAAGUUGACGUAAAAGGAAAACGUUUUCCUGCGUUGUUGUUUUCAUUUCCAAUAAAUCAAGACCGAUGGUUUAUUUCAGAUAAAUCUAUGUAGCAAAGUUUUCUUUCGCGUUGCUGGGUGACCUAGGUUGAAAAAUUAAAGAGAUUAUCCGUGACUAUAAGAACCUGGUUUUCAAGGACCAGUUUGGCUAAAAUUUGCCAGCUAGGCCCCCUCUAUACAAGAACCUGUUCAGCCUAACAUUUGAAACAGGGGUCAAUUUAAUAAAAGUUUUACAAGUGUAAUUUACAAUCCGUAAGAGCUCUAUUGUUUUGGAGUCUGAAAACAAUAGAGUCAAAAGUCCCCACCCCCGGGAAUUUGCCAUCCAAGGCAAAAAAAAUGCUAAUGCCCUAAUUAGCUUAAAUUUGUGUAAUUAUCAUUUAUGUAAGAACCUGUUUAGGCUAACUUGGGAAAGUGCAGGUUCUUAGUCCCGGGUUUUUACUGUACUUCCCCUGUAGGUGGCAUUGGUGAGGCUGUGUUGGCUGCCGUAGCAGAGGAGAGUGGGGUGACUGUGCGCAUUUUGGCAGUGAAAGAAAUCCCUCGAAGUGGGCCUGGGGAUGCUUUGCUGGAUCUAUUUGGAAUCAGUGCUAAUCACAUUGUCAAAGCUGUUAAAAACAUUUAAUAACUAUCUCAGGAAUGAAAUCUUUCUGCACUGUUACACUUGCAACAUUCGCAAAACAUGAAGCAAACCUUUUUCUUCUUUUGUUAAUCGGGGUCGAUGAGAUUUACCUCAGCUAAAAUUGUCCUGGAGUUGUAAGUUCUAUGAAAUGUUACGCUAUUAAAUUAAUUUUGGAGUGCCAUAAUGAUCAGUGAGUGAGAUGCGUUUCUGUGUUAGCCUCGUUCUAAAAACGUGCCGGACCUGCAAAUGAAUUCGAAUACAAGGGCAUUCUCUACCACAUUGAUCACCAGUUCUCGAGGUUAAAACCGGAAAAAAUCUCCCGUAUGAGGGCCGUACGCAUCAAGUGAUGGGGCUGGAUAAACUCAAGGUUCACAUGAUAAAAUGCUUAAGGAUGGUUUUCCCUAGCGAC